UCGAGAACAAGACGUUCAAAAACACUCGAACAGUCGACGGGAUUUAUGUUGUUCUAGUUUUUUUAGUUUACAACAUUGUUCAGUCUUGCUUUGUAUGUGUGUUUAUAACUGUAUAUCUAUUAGGCAGUAACUAGGUUAAUAUCUGUUUAUACUAUAUUCAUUCAACCAAAAAGCACAGGGGAAAAUCAUUAUUUUGCCUGCUGUCAGAAUAACUUCAGAAGUUUAGCCUACAUGACAGCCGAUCACUGGAUCGUAGGAUCUACUUUAGCUCCAACCAUAAAGACGAAAUAAGCCAGGAAAAGUGAAUCGGGUGAAAGUGAAAGUAAACAGAAGAUGGAGAGUCACCAGGGAGCGGAUCUUCUCUCUAGGAUCGCUCUCAAUGAUAACAAGGCUGGCAUGGAGGGCCUGGACAGAGACAAGAUCAACAAGAUCAUUCUGGAAACCUCCAAGGGGUCUAGAUUUUAUGAGAAUGAACUGAAGAAGGAGCAGCAGGUGAAUCAGCGCAUUGAGAAGAUGAUGGAGCAAAAAGCAAGAAUCACUAAAGAACUGAUGAAGCAAGCACAAGCAGAGGUGGACAAACUGAGGUGUGAACUGGAGAGAAGUCGAGAGUUGGGCCGUGUGAUAGUUCAUGUAGACAUGGACGCAUUCUAUGCUGCUGUUGAGAUGAGAGACUGCCCGGAGCUGAAGGACAGACCGAUGGCAGUGGGAUCCAUGAGCAUGCUGUCAACCUCCAAUUACCAUGCUAGGAGGUUUGGUGUCCGUGCGGCAAUGCCAGGGUUCAUUGCAAAGAAGCUCUGUCCAAAUCUUGUCAUUGUGCCGACUAACUUUGACAAAUACAGAGCAGUGAGUGCCCAGGUGCGAGAGAUAUUUUCAGAAUAUGACCCUCAUUUUAUGCCUAUGAGUCUGGACGAGGCUUAUCUGGAUCUCAGUGAGCACCUGGAGCAGCGGAAGCACUGGCCGGAGACCAUGAGAACAUAUUGCAUCUGUGAUGCUACGACAGAAAAUGAUGCAGACAGGUCAACAGCAGAGAAAGAUGAGCUGUCUCCUGUGCUGUUUGAGGACAGUCCCAGCUCCUCGCCCUCUCUUUCAGGGGCUGAUAGGAAGGCAGAGGUGUUUGGGACGAGUGCAGAGGAGGCGGUGAGGGAGAUGCGCUUCCGAAUUCAGCACAAAACAUCUCUUACUGCAAGUGCAGGCAUCGCCCCAAACAUGAUGCUUGCAAAAGUAUGCAGUGAUAAGAACAAGCCCAAUGGGCAGUACCGAAUUCCUCCUAAGAGACAAGCUGUGAUGGAGUUUAUAAAGGAUCUUCCUGUCAGAAAGGUGUCUGGUGUUGGAAAGGUUACUGAGAAGAUGCUGGCUGCUUUGGGUAUUGUCAACUGUGACCAGCUGGGCCAGCAGAUGGCGCUACUCUCCCUGCUUUUCUCAGGAACUUCCUGGCAUAAUUUCCUUCACAUAUCUUUGGGUUUGGGCUCCACAUGUAUGGAGAGGGACUCCGAAAGAAAAAGCAUGAGCACUGAGAGGACGUUUGGGGAGAUGAGUGAUGCAGAGGAGCAGUAUUCCCUGUGCAGGGAUCUCUGUCAUGACUUGGCACAGGACCUACAGCGGGAGGGCCUCAAGGGCAAAACUGUCACUUUAAAGCUGAAGAAUGUCCAAUUUGAAGUGAAGUCCAGAGCAUUCACACUGCAGUACGCUAUCUGCACGGAGGAGGAGAUCUUUGCAGCUGCUAAGGACCUUCUCAAAGUUGAGAUUGACAGUGUCAGUCCUCAGCCACUGAAACUGAGGCUCAUGGGCGUUCGAGUGUCCGGCUUUAUCAGUGCUGAAGAUAAAAAACCUCUUCAGAGGAGUAUAAUGGGAUUUCUGCAGAAAGGUGGAUCUGAUUCAGGCAGUUUCACACAGUGUGCUGGAACUGCGCUCAAAGCAGACGACGACAGUGAUGCUGCCAGUUGCCUAAAGCCACCUUCCACCGAGAUGAAAGAACCUUCUGUGUCUGAGCAAAUACCCAAACCUAGAGGACCUCAGCAGCAAUCGUUUUUUCAAAGAGCACAGAUGAAAAGACUUCAGCAGCAGCAGGAACAAAUGUCUGUCAUCGUUGGUACAGACACAACAAACAACAGUGUUGACGCAGCUGCAGCACAGACAGAUCUAUCAACAACAAACACUCAAUCAGACACAACAUCAGCAAAAAGUUUGUCAACUACAAACUCAUGGACAGACGCAACAAGCUACAUAAACAAACAUGCAGUUUUAAAGCCAUCAUUUAAAAUCUCAACCCAGGUGCCGGUGUGUCUGACCUGUCCUGUGUGCAAUAAAGAGAUGAAGGAUGUAAACCUUACAGCCUUCAACAGCCAUAUUGAUGAAUGUCUGAAGGGCAGUGCAGUAGAUAAUGAACCCACAGCUUCAGACGCGGUUAAGGAACAGGAAGAGCUCGACAGCAAACCACCUGCAUCAAGUUCAGAGAGCAAGACUCUAAAAUCCUCUAGCCACGACCCAUCCUGUGAUGAAGAGAAGCCGUCCACUAGCAUCUCUGUGCCUGUGGAGGAAACUGAUGACGGCAGUGAUUUCAAGACUCCAUUUUUUGCUCACAGGACAAAAAUAAAUGGAAAGCGUUCUGUUCUUCAUAAAAAGAAGAUGCCUCUUUCUGAGUCUAGUUCUAAAGCAUCACAAACAGCAAGUCUUGAGGCUGUCACUGAGAUUUCAUCUGCCUCGAAAGGCUUGUUGUUGACGUGUCCCGUGUGCAGUCAGCCACAAAGCACUGAUGACCUUGCACUCUUCAACAGCCAUGUGGAUAUGUGUCUUAACCAGGAAGUUCUGCUAGAGUUUAGAGAAUCUCAUCCUCCUGUGGAUCAUUCAGAUUCAGCACUCAGCAGUGUGCGAGGCCAAUUGGGGGACCAGGGAAUAGUUUCUAAAGUAGAAAAGAGCAAAAGACAAGGAUCAUCUCCUCUUCCUCCCUCGAAGAAAAUCAAAGUGUUGAGCACAAAACACACAAUCGACAAGUUCUUCAAAGGCAACUCCAGACAGAACAUCUAAUUCCUUUACCAAUUCAGACAGAUCAUCAUAUUAAUUUAUUAGGAGGAGACAUUAUAAUCCAUGAGGAUUUUUCUGGAUUUACCUAAAGGAAUAUGUUGGAUGGAACAAGUAAAAAUGAUGCAGCCUGAAGAAUUAAUAUAUUUUGAAGAAAAACAGAUCUUCAAUAAGAUGACCAUAAGAGAUGUAUAGAUGUAAAGAUGAUAUGCUCUGGCACAAAGCUGAAAAUCAGUUUGGGCAUAUUUUUUGUAUUUAUUGAAAUGAGUACUUGCGUGGUGGAAAAAUAUUUCAUUCAUAUAUAUAUAUGUAUAUAAUUGAUGUUAAAUUUUCAUUUAUAUAUCAAUGAUGAAAUGACUCCAAUAUUUUUUUUUUAUCAUUUUAUUCUAUGCAUGAAAACAAAUGUGCAUUUAAUUUUGUAUGGGUGUUGUAAAGCACUGUAUAGACCAUGACAUAAGAUAAUUUGCACCUAAAAUUAAUGUGAAAAAAAAUUGCCAUCUUGAUCUCAUGUAAUGGUAUGGAAGUAUAAGGUUUUUUUCUUUAUUUGGAAACUAAUUAAACCACUUUAUUCCUGUGCAUUCAGCUAUUCUUUCCCUGAAAGAUAUGAUGGUAUUUAUAUUAUUGUAAAGAAGUGCAGUACCAUUAAAAUGUUUGGACGAAUGUUCACCAAUAAUCAAUAGAAGCCUUAGCUUCAGUUUUACUGAAUGUAUGGAAAGAAUGAACAAUACAGAUUUAUUUCCAGUCUUUCUUGCUCAUAUUUACCAAGGGGGAUAAUAAUUUUGAGCACAACUUGUGUGUGU